AUGAUCUUGGAUGAUGUCAUGAUGGUGAACAGACGUGUGUUUAAGUGCUCUGUCUAUAUGAAUUAUAUUUUUAUGUUUGUGGCAUUGCUUGUCGUAUUUGGCAAUGAAAAAUCUUAUACUGAAACCAAUGUGCCAUAUAAUAUUACACAAGUUGCUAGAAAUAAAAUUGAGCAAACGAAUUUAUCAAUUGUUGCUCAAACUGAAUUGAAUUUCAUCAAGCAUGUCGAAGCAUCUAAACUGGUGAGCGCCGUCCCAGAGAGGAAAAGAUCUAGUAAAUGUAGAUAUAUAGGCAGGUGUAAGCCUUAUUAUCCAAACUCAAUAAAAACUUUUCGUCUAAUGCUUCCAUGUGGCGACGUAGAGUUGAAUCCUGGACCAAAUGUCAUAAAGUCAAAGAAGGAGAAACGUCAGCCAUGUUGGAAAUACCCUUGUGCUGAAUGCCAGAAACCGGUAAAAAAAAAUCAAAAUGGAAUUUUAUGUGUGGAUUGUUCGCGAUGGUAUCAUGCUCAGUGUGCAGGUAUUUCAAAGAACAUGUUUGUUUCGUAUUACUUGAACCAUCCUGAUGAAGAUUGGCAUUGUAUUAGUUGUUCAAUAUGCAAUCCCUCCGACUCGUUCUUUGAGGACUUACAACAAGGCAAGGAAGGCGAGCUUGACAUGUCAAAUACUCAUAAUACAAAUUCAAAUUCAACAACAUUGUCUAGCACCGAGUGGUUUAACAUGAAUAUAAAUGAUUAUUAUAAAAACAAUUUAAAGAUCGGCCACUUAAAUAUAAACAGCAUCUAUUCCAAAGUGGAUGAAGUCCUAAAAUUAUUAGAUGAAUGCAAGUUCGAUAUCCUUGCCAUUAGUGAAACUAAGAUCGACGCUUCAGUGUCAAAUCUGUUACUUGCACACUCUAAUUAUCGUAUCAUUAGACGUGAUAGGAAAAAUGGUGCAGGGGGAUUACUUGUUUACCUACGCUCAAAUGUUACAGCUCAGCGUCGAAUCAAACUAGAGCCAGAGGGCAUAGAGGCAAUAUGCCUUGACGUUAAAGGCCAUGGAAGUCAGUGGUUUAUGCUUUGUGUAUGCUAUCGAUCACCAGGGAAAUGUAAAAUAACAAACUUUAUCUCCUCGUGUUUAGUCGCAGCUGAAAGGAUGUAUAACAAGCGAAAAGAGGUUUUAUUCAUGGGUGAUUUCAAUAUGAAUAUGCUUGAUAAUAUAAACGAGAAUCCUCUGGGUCCAAAUAAAGAUCUAUUAAACUUCUGUUGUCAACUUUGUUUAACCAACAUGAUCCAAAAUCCAACUAGAGUGACAAAUACAACGAAAAGUCUCCUAGAUGUAAUUCUAGUUUCCCACCAGGAGCAAUUUGCGAUAAGUGGGAAUAUGCAAUUAGGUUUAAGUGACCAUGACCUUGUGUACAUUGUUCGUAAACAAAGGCUUCCUAAACCUAAAGCAAAGUUGAUUGAAUUUCGAUCGCUGAAGAAUUUUAAUCAAUCUGCUUUUAUUACUGAUCUUAAUAAUGUACCUUGGGACAGCUCUUACGUAUUUGAUAAUAUAGAUGAUGUCUCGCAUCACUGGAUUUCCUUGUUUCAAGAAGUACUUGAUAAACAUGCUCCUAUGAAACAAGUUCGACUGAGAAGUAAUCAAUUACCUUGGAUUAAUUCCGAUAUACAGAAACAAAUACGCAUAAGAAACCGAUUGUACAGAAAAUACAGGAGGGUCUCUAGUAAUGAAAAUUGGAUUGAUUAUAAAACUCAGCGUAAUCUAGUUACAAAUUUAAAGAGGAAAGCUGUUAAAGAUUUUUGUGCUGAAGCUGCUACCACAUCGAACUCAACUGUUGGGUUAUUUUGGAGAAAAAUGAAACCAUUAUUGCCAAAUAAUAAUCCCAGUAACACAGAAACGAACAUACAUCUUAUAGAGGAUGGGAAAUUGGUUUCAAAUCCUAGCACUAUAUUUAAUGAAUUUUUCACUGCCCCCGUAAUCAAGGAAACGAUUUUGAAUAUGUCUGAGCAAGAUUUUGUGAACCAUAGUAGCGUGCAGGCGAUCAAAAAUCGAUCUUUUGAUCUCAAUUUCUCAUUUAAGCAUGUUAGUGUAGAGUAUGUUGCUGAUCUAUUGUUAAAUCUAAACGAAAAGAAAGCUUGUGGUCCUGAUGGUAUCACUCAAAAACUGUUGAAAGCUUCGGCACCUGCAAUUGCUUUACCUCUUACCAAUUCAUUCAACUAUUGCAUUGACAAAUGCACCUGGCUGAGUACAUGGAAAGAGGGAAAUGUUACUCCAGUCUACAAGAAAGACGAUACUGUCAAAAAAGUGAACUAUAGACCGAUUACUGUGCUAUCAUGCAUACCAAAACUUUUUGAGAGAAUUAAAUAUGAUCAAUUAUAUGGUUCGUUUUGCCCUAUCUUUUCCACUAAUAUGUCUGGUUUCUUGAGCGGUCACUCGUGUGCAACAGCACUAAUUAAAUUGGCGGAUGACUGUAGAAGAGCUCUCGAUCAAAAGAAGGAUGUUGGGAUUGUGACAAUUGAUCUGUCCAAAGCCUUUGACUCCAUAUGUCACAAUCUUUUACUAGCUAAGAUGAAAGCCUAUGGAAUGCAAGAUCAAGCACUGCAGUUAAUGAGAUCUUAUCUCAUUAACAGGAAGCAGAGAGUAAAAUGCAAUGGAGUCCUGUCGGAUUGGCUAAUGUUAAAAUGUGGUGUGCCCCAAGGGAGUUUAUUGGGACCUUUACUAUUUAACAUCUUUAUCAAUGAUCUCAAUUGGCGUGUCAAUGAUACAUCACUGCGACUAUAUGCUGAUGACACUACCCAAUAUGCAUCGGACAUAUGUCCCGCCAUACUGGAGUAUUCGCUUAAUUCCGAAUUUCAAGUCUUAUCCCACUGGUUUAAGGAAAAUCAUUUGCAAAUAAAUAAUGGGAAGACAAAGGCAAUGAUCCUGGGAAAAUCUGAGUGCUUGUAUGAUCUGAAACUUGAUAAUCAAAUCAUAGAAGUUGAAGAGUCGUUAAAAACCCUUGGCGUGACUUUAGAUAAAGAACUAAACUUUAAAUUACAUAUAGAUGAAGUUCUGAAAAAAUCUUAUGGAAUGAUUGCCGCCCUCCAACGUAUUAAAAGAAUGCUGCUUGGAAUAGCUGGCUAUGCAUCAUUACUAACUGGCCCAACUGAUGUAGUAACCAACAAGGUUUUGCAGUUGAUUGGGCAAAAGCAUGUUAUUGAAGCACACAAAGCCCAAUUACAAAAUGAGAUCACGCGCAAAUACAUCCGAGAGAUCACAGUAGAGAAAGCCAGGAACCUGAAGGAUUUCUGGUGUUUAUUCUACCAGUGGAAGACGACAACAUGGCCCACUGGUCUCUCACAAGAUGACUGGCGUUUAAUAAAACGUGAAGAUUCUACAGCCUAUGAAGAAUACGAAUAUUAA